GCAUCGUUACCUUUAAGAUGCUCGAAGGCAAAGCCUUGUUUUAGCUCGGAGACGUCCCGGGGACCGGGCCGCGGUUGUUUACGACGAAGCACCGUGGUUGUUGUUUUAAUUCGACGUAGAGGAAUUAACGGACAGAAUACAUUUCGGAUUUCAUUAUGUGUCGGCCUACCGUGCAGCAGCGGCGGCGGGCGGGGGCGAGAGGGACGGCACGAGACGAGACGAGACGGGGUCCGCGAGGAGGGUGCAUGCACAAAAUCCUUUCCCUUUAAAGCGGAGAGGGACAGAGGGGGUGAAGGAGAGAUAAAAAAAGAAAAGGAAGAAAGACAGAGAGGGAGGGAGGGCGAGAGAGAGGGAGAGCGAGUUUGAAAAAAAGAGAAAGAUGUUACCCCGUCGAUUGAAACACCGAGGCGGAGCCAUGGACCGCAGCCGAGCAGGAGCGCUCUAGUUAGGGGACGAGCUGUACGCAACGCCGAGGCUUGGGACCCGACGCCGCGGCCUUUUUCCGGAGCUAUCGCAAAAAAAAUAAAUGACACUUGCUAACAGCUGCUAUGAUUAGCCAUACAUCCUUCUCAUCUUCAGUAUACAAUAAUCUCUAUUUUGCAUGCAAUUCACCAAAUUUUAUUCCAGUAGACAUAAGCAAAUUAUAUUAAAAUGCACCAUUAAAGGAAGCAUGAUAACCAUUGUGUCGCAUUUUACAAGAAGCAUCUUAGUGCCUGUUUAACGCCAACAGAUUGCCAUAUAAAUUCAUAAUUAUCAGCCGAAUUACUAAUAAGUGUUAGCCGAUUUAAGCUAAAUAUCGUCCGCUGCCAUUCUAUAUGUUGCAUUAGUUAAGCCAGGCAGGUAGGGGAGAGAUCCAGGCCUCCGAUUCAGCUGUAGGAGCGCUCGGUCCUGGGCUCCGGCCCCCUCCUCCCUCCCCUCUCCCCUCUUUGCUCCCGGGGCGCUCAGCUGUUCAGGAUGGAUACCUCCUGGAGCAAUUUCCUCUUUCAGACCCCAUCGACCCCGAGCCAGGCCGAGACCCCCCUCCAGUCAGACCUGCUCCCGGAGCUCAGCGGCUCGGCUCCGAGUCCUCCGGCCGACCACAUGGCCUCGCCUCCGUCCACCGUCGACACGGCCGCCCUCAGCGAGGAGCCGCCACCCGUCCGAGCUGUGGCCAGGCCGAGCCGGCCGGCCCACGUCUGCUCCACCUGCAACAAGGAGUUCAAGAACAGCUACAACCUGCGGCGGCACCAGUCGGUGCACACGGGCGUCCGCAUGAAGGACCGGGCGGCGCGGGAGAAGGAGGACUCCGGGAGGGGGGGCGGGGGAGAAGGUGCCUCUGUCCCUCCUCCAGCUCACGCUGCCCCUGCAGCCAGCGCCUCCCUCGCUGCCCCCCAACGCCACAGACCCCCAGCACGCCAGCCAGGAGAGCCAGGCGGCGUCUGUGUCCAUCGCCCCGGCGACCGUAACCAUGGCUGCGCCGCCUCAGCCCAUCCAGGCAGCUGUUGUUGUUGUGGGCUCCAUGGAGCAGGUGGGUCCUGGACACCGGAAACACCUCCACAUGUUUUUACGGAGGCCAAAAAAGAACCCCCCACCCCCACCCCCACCCAGGUGAGGAAGAACCAUGCCUGCGAGGCGUGCGGGAAGGCCUUCAGAGACGUCUACCACCUGAACCGCCACCGCCUGUCCCACUCGGACGAGAAGCCCUACUCGUGCCCCGUCUGCCAGCAGCGCUUCAAGAGGAAAGACCGGAUGAGCUACCACGUCCGCUCGCACCAGGGCGCCGUGGAGAAACCCUACGUCUGUCCGCACUGCGCCAAGGCCUUCUCUCGCCCGGACCACCUGAACAGCCACGUCCGACAGGUGCACUCCACCGAGAGACCCUUCAAGUGCACGACGUGCACGUCGGCGUUCGCCACGCGGGACCGUCUGCGCGCCCACCUGGUCCGCCACGAGGAGAAGGUGCCGUGUCACAUCUGUGGGAAGUUGCUGUCAGCCGCGUACAUCACGGACCACAUGAGGGUCCACAACCAGUCGCAGCACCACGCCUGCCACCUCUGCAACCGCAGCUUCACCACGCUGACCUACCUGCGCGUCCACGCCCAGAAGCACCACGGCCAGGAGUGGAAGGAGAGUGGCGGGGCUCGGGGGGGCUUUGGCGGGACGGGGGCCGGGGGGGUGCUGCUCUGCCAGCUGUGCGGGGUGCAGUGCAAGACGGUCACGCAGCUCCAGGGCCACAUGGGCACCCACGGGGGCCAGGGGGACCCCGGCGUGGGCCCGGGGGACCCCGGCGGGGACCAGACCAGCGUGGCCGGCCCCGUGGGAACCACCAGCGUGGCUGUCACCGUGUCCAGCGCCAGCACCGUGGGACUGCUGGUCACGGACUGCUCCGGUAUCGCCCCCCAGGCUCACAGCUAG